AUGGAACUGCGACCAGAAGCGCACAAAAUGUUCAGCACAGAUUACGCUCCAGAAGAAGAACAUUCACAAUUGUUGAUCGAAAAGCUAAAAUUUUGCUGCACAAUCUUUGACUUUACCGUUUUUGACCCAAGCAAAGUGGAGGAGAAGAAAGCAAAGACGGCAACGCUGAAGGAGGUGAGUGGGUACCUCUUCGAGUCACCGGCCGCAAGUAUCACCUCAGAGGAAGCGGUGUAUGCGGCUUGCGCAAACAUGUUUGCCGCUAAUAUCUUCCGCCCCCUGCCACCGCCUUCUUCGGCUUUGCAGGCGUCCGUGGGGGAUCAUUACGAGCCUCCUGACAGUGCCGAUGAGGAGGACACUCAGGAACCCGCGUGGCCACAUCUCGAGCUGGUAUACGAGAUCUUUCUACGCUUCCUUUCCCUCCUGGACAUCAAAACACUCUUCCUGAAGAAGUACAUAGACAGGGCGUUUGUACUCAACCUCCUUGCCAUCUUCGACACCGAGGACCGUCGUGAGAGAGCCUGUGCGAAGAUGAUACUGCAUAAGAUCUACACAAAGAUAUUCCAACUUCGAGCCUUCAUUCGAGAGCAGAUCAUCGUCACACUUCAGAGCUUUGUUUGUGAGGCCGAGCAAUUCAACGGAAUUGGGGAGCUAUUGGAGAUAUACGGAAGCAUCGUGAGUGGAUGCCAAACACCAUUGAAAGAAGAGCAGGUAGAGAACCUGCGAAGAGUGAUCCUGCCACUUCACAAGCCCCGAUCCAUUUCCGCAUAUCACCCUCAACUCGCUUACUGUAUUGUACAGUUUCUGGAAAAGGACAGAUCUCUUCUUCGAUACGUUGUUAACGGAGGGAUUUUGAAAUAUUGGCCAAAGACUGACAGUGCAAAGGCGGUCAUGUUUUUGAAUGAGCUUGAAGAGUUUCUAGAAAUGGUCUCCGAGACGGAUUUUGAAUCAGUGAUGGUGCCCGUCUUCAAGAGACUAGCAGCCGGCUAUACCAAUUGUCAUUUUCAGCUGGCAGAACGCUCCUUAAUCGUCACCUACAAUGCCACCGUCUUCAGUAUGGCCUCCCAUCACGCCAACCAACUCAUGCCCAUCGUCCUGCCCGCCUUGAAGGCGGCUUUGCAGCACUGGCACAUUGGAAUACAGGAGCAUGCUGAAACCAUUCUGGACAAAUGGAAAGGAGUUGAUCCCGACCUCUUUGAGCGCUGUAUGCACGAUCUUGCGCAUAACAAAGAAAUAGAAAUCAAACGCACUAAAGCCAGAAAAAAUUUGUGGAGUAAAAUAGAGAAGUGCGCAGCCAAACACUCAGAAUCGGCGCUGAACAAUCACACAGAGAUGAGUGGGGCAGGCGACGUAGCGGCCCAAGACUCCGUCAGGAAAGCAGCCUCGGAAAUGCUUAACGGGGGUACGCCCAACCGCACAAUUCCAACCAGGUAUGAUCACCGGUAA